AUGAAGGCAAGAGUCAAUUUUUGUUUAUUCAUAUGUGUUUUUGUUUGUUCCCUUAUUCUUGUGUAUCACCAUCAGGGAAGUGCCAUUUUUGCAAGUGGGAGCCCAUUUCCUCCCGUUGAGUAUGAGGGCAAAGUGUUUGUGCCUGGCCAGGCCAAUAAUGCAUACAUAUUUCCUGGAUUUGGUCUUGGUUUAAUAAUGUCUGGGACCACUCGAGUGCAUGAUGACCUGCUUUGGGCUGCCUCUGAGGCUUUGGCUGCACAAGUGAGCCAAGAGAACUUUGAUAAGGGACUCAUAUACCCACCAUUCACCAACAUAAGAAAGACUUCAGCACACAUAGCUGCCAAUGUUGCUGCUAAGGCUUAUGAGCUUGGCUUGGCCACUCGCCUUCCUCAACCUAAAGAUUUGGUGAAGUUUGCAGAGAGCUGUAUGUAUACCCCAGCCUACCGAAGCUACCGGUGAAGCGAUAAUAAAUAGCCUAUUUUUCUUUUUCCUUUUUGUUUUAUCAUUUUAUUGUGAAUAUUUUAAUUUUUUUACCUUCUUUAUGUUGCUGUUCUGUUCUUGUAAGUUAUUUGUUGGGUUAGUAGGUUAGGACGGUGGUAGUUGGACUAAAAAGGUAGCUUGAAAAUUUGUGUUAUGCUAUAAAUGUUAUGUGACAGUAAUCUAAAUUAGAAAA